AUGCAGUUCGACAGGCCCAGGAACGUCGGCUUUCGCAAUGAGCGGACGAAGCCUGGCUUGGUGGAGACCUCCUUCAGCUCCUCCUCUGUUAGCCGCGCCGUGAAACCGGAGAAGAUGGUCCGGAGGGAUCUUUUUAAGGAGAUUAGUGGGGUUCUUGACAUUUCUUUCAGUAGUACGAAACGCUGUGCAGUUGUGCACUUUACUACAUCAGUUGCUGCUCAGAUGGCACUUUACCAGCUUACCGGAUGUUGUCUGAUGGGGCGUCCACUCAAAUUUGCAUGGUUUGAUAAGAAAAGUUAUGAUCUUAACAGGGCUUCCCUGAUCAGCCUCCUUUGUGUUGUCAUUCCACCUGGCUCACUGAUUCUCCGCCUACUGCAGAUCAGAAGCAUGCUUAGAUCUCAUUUCCGCCGGAAUCGACUACUUAGUGGACGAAUUAUCACCCCAGAGAAUCCGGAUUGCACAAGCACAGGGAAAGCCUUUGUGCGUUUCAAUAGCCACACUGACUUAGUCGCAGCACUUGAGCGGGAUGGGCUGGACCUGGGAGAUGGUCGCAAACUGUGUGUCACUAAAUGGCUUGAGCUGCUGAGUUUUCCAUGGCAUUACAAGGAGAAAGGUGGUGGCAGUGUUGGAGGCGGCUCAGGCAGCCAUGUCGACACUGCUAACUGGGGCACACCCAGUACAGGAAAAAGGACCGUGUUCGAGACUGAGUUCUGA